CGUGCUGGGCGCUGUCCCACUGCGUAGGAGCAGCUGCUCUGCUUGUCCUCGAACCUCCGUCUUCAGAUCUACAGCCUCCACUCCCAGCCUCCACCAUGUCCAUCAGGGUGACCCAGAAGUCGUACAAGGUGUCCACCUCCGGCCCGCGGGCUUUCAGCAGCCGCUCGUACACGAGCGGCCCCGGUGCCCGCAUCAGCAAUUCCAGCUUUUCCCGGACGGGCAGCGGCAUCUUCAGGGGGAGCCUGGGCACUGGCAUGGGCCUGGGCGGUGGCUUUAGCGGGGCUGGUGUGGGGGGCAUCACAGCGGUCACGGUGAAUCAGAGUCUGCUGAGCCCCCUGAAGCUGGAGGUGGACCCCAACAUCCAGGCUGUGCGCACUCAGGAGAAGGAGCAGAUCAAGACCCUUAACAACAAGUUCGCCUCCUUCAUUGACAAGGUGCGUUUUCUAGAGCAGCAGAACAAGAUGCUGGAGACCAAGUGGAGUCUGCUGCAGCAGCAAAAGACAGCACGGAGCAACAUGGAUAACAUGUUCGAGACCUACAUUAAUAACCUGCGGAGGCAGCUGGAAUCCCUAGGCCAGGAUAAGCUGAAGCUGGAGGCAGAGCUUGGCAACAUGCAGGGAUUGGUGGAGGACUUCAAGAAUAAAUACGAGGAUGAGAUCAACAAGCGUACAGAGAUGGAGAAUGAAUUUGUCCUCAUCAAGAAGGAUGUGGAUGAGGCUUACAUGAACAAGGUGGAGUUGGAGUCUCGCCUGGAAGUGUUGACAGAUGAGAUCAACUUCCUCCGGCAGCUCCAUGAAGAGGAGAUCCGUGAGCUGCAGUCCCAGAUCUCAGACACAUCCGUGGUGUUGUCCAUGGACAACAGCCGCUCCCUGGACAUGGACGGCAUCAUUGCCGAGGUCCGCGCCCAGUAUGAGGACAUCGCCAACCGCAGCCGGGCCGAGGCCGAGAGCAUGUACCAGAUCAAGUACGAGGAGCUGCAGACGCUGGCUGGGAAGCAUGAAGAUGAUUUGCGCAGCACGAAGAAGGAGAUCUCCGACAUGAACCGCAGCAUCAGCCGCCUGCAGGCGGAGAUCGAGGCCCUCAAAGGCCAGAGGGCGACCCUGGAGGCUGCCAUCGCUGAUGCUGAACAUCGUGGGGAGAUGGCCAUUAAGGACGCCAAUGCCAAGCUGGCCGAGCUGGAGGCCGCCUUGCAACGGGCCAAGCAGGACAUGGCGCGGCAGCUGCGUGAGUACCAGGAGCUCAUGAACGUCAAGCUGGCCCUGGACAUUGAGAUCGCUACGUACAGGAAGCUCCUGGAAGGCGAGGAGAGCCGGUUGGAGUCCGGGAUGCAGAACAUGAGUAUCCACACGAAGACCACCAGUGGCUAUGCAGGAGGACUGAGCUCAUCCUAUGGGGGCCUCACUAGCCCUGGCUUUAGCUACGGAGUCAGUUCCUUCCCACCCAGCUUCAGCCCCGCGGGGAGCUCCAGCACCUUCAGCCGCACCAAGGCUGUGGUCGUGAAGAAGAUCGAGACCCGCGACGGGAAGCUGGUGUCUGAGUCCUCUGACAUCCUGCCCAAGUGAACCACCACUGCGGCCCCUGCCAGCCCGUGCCCUGCCCUUGUGGUUGCCCCCCUGAGCCCACGAGGAAGACAGCUGCCUGGGGGAACACAGGAAACAAGAGACCCACCCACCCGAGGCUCUGCCCUAGCCCUCAGCCUCAACCGGCCUGGGGUAUCCCUCUGGCCCAUGCCCUCCACUAAAACCUUAUUCAAGUGUCUUUUCCAAAAUAAAGCUUUGGCUGGCUCUGCCAACUGGC